AUGAAUUUCAGGCCUUCUCUGCAGUUCUAUCGCCACCUUCUUGUUUUCUUCUUUACCCUUGAAGAGAUUAAUAAGAACCUGCAGUUUCUUCCCAAUAUCUCUCUGGGUUACCAGAUAUUUGACUCUUGCGCCAAUGUCCAUAAGUCGGUGUACAGCACGUUCCGGAUAAUGUCAGGGGGUCGGCAGAUCAUCCCAAACUACAGCUGCUGGAACCAGAGAAAGAUGGUGGGAUUCAUAGGAGAGGUGACCGCCGCCUCAUCGUAUGUCAUAUCACAGCUGGCCGGGAUAUACAGGAUCUGUUAUUCUGUCUACACUGCAGUCUAUGCCAUGGCACAUUCUCUUCAUGACAUGUAUGCCACCAGCAAAUCCAACAAUCUGCUGACAUCUUUCGCACCUUGGCGGGCGCCUCCAUCACUGUGCAAUGAAGCUUGUGAACCUGGGUACAGGAUGGCAAAGAGAGAAGGGGAACCUCCAUGUUGUUACGACUGUGUACAGUGCACCAAGGGAGAAAUGUCCAAUACAACAGACUCCCGGAGCUGCUGGAAAUGUUCCAGGUUUGAAAACUCAAAUAUUAACAGGACCGGCUGUGCCCCCAAAGAUGUCGAUUUCCUUUCCUAUGGAGAAACUUUAGGAGGAACUUUGACAAUUGUCUCUUUACUAUUUUCAAUUGUUACAAGUGUCAUCCUUGGAAUAUUUUGGACGUAUCGAGAGACUUCAAUAGUAAAAGCCAACAAUCGGAAGCUCAGCUACGUUCUCCUCAUCUCCAUCACCCUCUGCUUCAUGUGCACGCUGCUGUUCAUUGGUCGGCCAUCACCAAUACGAUGUCUUCUCAGACAAGCUGCAUUUGGAGUUGUCUUCACCGUCUCUGUUUCUUCUGUAUUGGCUAAAACUCUGACAGUCAUCAUGGCCUUCAAGGCGACCCGACCAGGGAGCAGGAUGAAGAGACUCUUAGGAAUGAGGUUACCUGACACAUUAGUUGUCCUGUGCUCUAUGGGGGAAGUGCUGCUGUCAGUCAUCUGGAUCAUGCUCUAUCCACCAUAUCUAGAUGCUGACACAGAGACGGACACUAUUCUCUUGUUGUGUAAUGAAGGGUCAUCCACUUUCUUCUUUUUGGAAAUUGGCUACAUCGGGAUGUUGGCUCUGAUUUGUCUGGGGGCCGCAUUUCUGGCCAAGGAUUUCCCGGACCGCUUUAAUGAAGCCAAGAACAUCUCCUUCAGUAUUCUCGUAUUCAGCAGCGUAUGGGUGACAUUUGUCCCCACGUAUCUCAGUGUAAAGGGGAAGAACAUGGUGGCGGUGGAGGUUUUUGCCAUCUUGACCUCCAGUGCAGGACUAUUGAGUUUUAUUUUUUUCCCUAAGUGUUAUGUCAUCUUUAUUAUGUCAUCUUUAUUCCAAAGCAGUUUGUAAGAAUAUAAUCUAUCUAUCUGUCAAUUUCACUUCCUUCUGCUAAGGUCAUACCAUGGAGUCAGAUUAUAUGGCUGCUCUGGGCACCUUGAGAGAAAGAGCCUCAAUUGAUAAGAAAUAAUUUUGAACUUUAGGGGGACUUGGUUUUUACACUGUACACUGUAAAAUUACAUAUUCUCAUUAUUUAUUAUAUAGAUUUAUCACUGUAAAACUUUAAAAAAAAGUAAAACUUAUUUUAACAAAAUAAGUAUGUCUAUAAC